UCCCUUGAACCAAUGUUAGUUGACUGGGGUGCUAUUUUUACCAACCAAGCAUGUCUAAUGUAAAGAUGUGUCUUAAUGUUCACCUGUUAUCACACCUGACUUAAAUGCAUGCCGUCCAGUUAUAACUGACCCUCUCUUCAGCCAAGGUGUGACACACGGGACGUCAGAGGUGGAUUUUUUUUGUUUGGGAAAAAACUUCACGACCUGUACUGACAGGCCAAGAAGCACCGAGCGUUGAUGGGGUCGGUGAAGAUGCCCAACAUACAGACAGCAACAAAAUGGACGCUGCUUCUUCUGCUAAUACUAUUACCAAACCAUAUCUUAGCACAAAUAACUCCAUGCACAGCCAAAGGUAGUGCGGCAGGCCAGGGUGAAAACCUGGUGCUAAGAGUUCAAGUAUAUGAAGCCACAGCUGAUGAGCUGAAUGUAUUUAGUUCAGACUACUAUGAUGAAAUCCAGCUGUAUGGGGCUCAUGGACAAAAUAUGCAGCUCGUUCUGGAAAAUUCUGCCAAAACGAAGCAUGUAAAUGAUGUCAACGAUUACUUCGCUGUGGAGUAUGCUGGAGGACAGAACAGAAUUAGGCUAAAAAGACCUAUAGAUAGAGAUGGUAGUAGUGCAGACACCAAAGAUGAUGUAGAUUUAAUAGAAUUUCACAUUAAGUGUACCCCCACACAGGGAGAAGCCACAAUAUAUGUAACACACAUGACUAUUUUAGAUAAAAAUGACAAUGCACCAGAGUUUAAGAUACCAUUUGGGGGAUAUAAAGUAUCUAUUAGUGAAUUGUCUCCUGUUGGCUCAGAAAUCUACAACAAAAUCUCUGCCACAGAUAGAGAUGCUUUAGACAACAAGGAAGUGGAUUUUAAAGUGGAACAGGGAGAUGGUGGACCUAAUGAUGGUUUCAAUUACUUCAUCAUCACUCUGCCUCGUCAAGGGCAGGUCAGAGUAAGAGAGCCUCUGGACUAUGAGAGCAUGGUCAGUCCAUACUAUCUGGUCAGGAUUUCUGCCAGGGACAAAGGGCAGCCAUCCCGAGUGGCAUAUGCUACCCUGAAUAUCACCAUACUAGAUGGCGAUGACCUGCCACCUGUGUUUACCUAUGCUGGCUGUGUGGCAUAUGGAGACCUGUGUAUUAAUCCACAGUAUACUGCCAGAGUUCUCAACAACCGGGUGACUCCUGGUGUUUUGAACAUUGAACCAGAACCUAUAGUAGCUGUAGACAGAGACAAAAUGAUUGAUAAUUCUAUAAAAUACUCCUUUGUGGAUGGCACACCUAGUAACUACAGCUCUUACUUUCAAAUUGACCAAAAUACUGGGUCAGUUCGCCAGUUGCUGCCUGUCAGUCACUUCUUUGUCAAAGAGUUUGAGAUUACUGUCAAGGCUGAGGAAGACUCACUGAACAAGCGCUAUGAGACAGCCACUCUGACCAUAUCUGUUGGUACAGUGAACGUCAACCCACCAAGUAUAACUAGUUCCUAUGGCUCAUUCAUAGGGUACGUCAGUGAAGUGGCGCCUGUGGGAACAAGAGUUAAAAAUUCUGCGGGUACACGGGAUUUGCAGCUGGUGGUCACUGAUCUGGAUUUGGCUCCUGGUGACCCCCCUCAGAACUACAUUUACACAGUGUCUGGCACUGGAGCAUUCACAGUGAAUGAUCAGGGGGUUGUAACAGUGGCUGGAGCACUGGACUAUGAAGAGCAGCAACAAGUCACAUUUACUGUAACUGUAACAGAGGCAGAUACAGCAGAGCAAAGAUCAAGCACUGUGCCUGUGACUGUUAAUAUCAGAGAUGCCAACGACAACAGCCCUGUAUUUGAGAGUAACAUCUACCGUGCUACUGUACAGAAGACACCUGUUUCUGUUCCUGUGGUCCAGGUCGUUGCAACUGAUGGCGAUAGCGGUGAAAGUGGGCGUGUGACAUACUCCAUAUUGUCCGAGGACAAUGGGUUCCAGUCUUCCUUCCGUAUCAACCCCAACACUGGUCACAUCAAUACCCAGGCAGAGCUGUCCCCAAGCUUGGCACCAUAUGUACUCACAGUACAGGCCUCUGAUAAUGCGCCAAACCCAGCAGACAGAAAUACUGCCAAUGCUAUUGUGAUGGUGUUUGUAAAUGACACCAGAAGUGAUGGGCGGCCAUCUUUCUCCAGCUCAGAGUACAAUAUUGCAGUCAGUGAGGGUGUUCUGGUUAAUUCCAACAUCUUCCAGGCCCCAGCAUCACACCCAAAUAACGAUAGGCUAAGGUUCUCCAUCUUGAGUGGAAACACAGGCAACAUGUUUACGAUUGAUGCUUCCAAUGCAUAUCUGGGGGGUAUAGUUCGAAACAGCCAGCCACUUGAUAGAGAAACAGUUUCAAGAUACACUUUGGUCCUGAAGGCAGAAGAUAAUAGUGGAAAUAUUGCUACCACGACUCUGAACAUAAAUGUCACAGAUAUUAAUGACAACAAUCCAGUUUUCCUGGGGGUCUCUCCUAGGGUAUUCAGUGUGAGGGAGGGGCAGCCACCACCUGUCAGGGUUGGAACUAUACGGGCAAAUGAUGAAGAUGCAGGAGAGAAUGGAAGAGUGACAUACAGGAUUCCAGCAAAUCCAUACUUCACAAUCACUGAAGAUGGUGUCAUUUCCACCUCCCAGCCUUUGGACUUCGAGAUGGCCAAUGUCCACAAUUUUGUUGUGACAGCAGAAGACCAUGGAUUGGUCAGUCGCAAGAGUGUGCUGCCUGUCACUGUGAACGUCAUUGAUUUACAGGACUCUACGCCAACAUUUGUGCCACCAUUGAAUCUCUCUGUCCAGGUGUUGGAGAAUAAGCCAGUAGGAACUAUUGUUACAACAGUGGCUGCUAUUGGCUCAUCUGGUAUUACCUACAAGUUUGUCAGUGGCAAUGAGGCCAACCGCUUUGUCCUUGACCCCUCCACUGGUCGUAUUACCACCAAUGCUGUUCUGAACUAUGAGGCAACCCCUAGGUACCAGCUAGUGGUGACCACUGUCCAGGGGGAAAAUGGCGGACCAUCCAGCUCGGCCACUGUGAAUGUGAAUGUAGUGGAUCAGAACGACAGCCCCCCUACCUUUGAUGGGCAGAACUUGAAUGCAGAAGUGUUGGAGAAUGUGGACCUGGGACAUUCCAUUCUCAGAGUAUCCGCCUCUGAUCCUGACCCUGGUCCAUAUGGUCUUUAUUACCGUAUUGUUAGUGUCUCUCCCAGCAGUGGCUCAGCACUGUUUUUUAUGGACUCUGAGAGUGGAGAUCUCAAGACAAAGACCAACCUGGCCAGGGAUAGAUCUGUGUCUAAUUUCCGGGUUGUCAUAAGUGCUUCAGACACAGCACAGCCACCUCAGUCAGCCACCGUAACAGCCACAGUUACAAUAAUCAGAAAUAUGCACGACCCAGCGUUCAACCCAUCCUCAGUGGGAGCAAGCAUCAGUCACUCGGUGGAUGUCGGAACACUACUGCGUACAAUGCCAGCCACAGAUUUGGAUACACGGCCCGAGUUCAGAUCACUGAAAUAUUCCAUCAUCGGAGACGGGAAGGCCAUGGAUCUGUUUGAUAUCAGUGACACUGGGAGGAUUACUGUGUCAAAAAGCCUGACAACAGAUUCUGCUUUGACAUACACGCUAAGAGUAUUGGCAACAGAUGGCGGCGGUCGCACAGGUACAGGAACAGUCACCGUGACGGUCAACAGAAACUUGAAAGCACCCGUGUUUCAGCGAUUUGUGUAUCCAGCACAAGUGGUUGACAACAAACCUCUGGGAGAGCCUUUCAUCAACCUUUUAGCUAUUGAUGAAGACGUAUUGGCUCCUCACAAUGAGGUAGAAUACUACCUGUAUACAGGCGGUAACCAAGGGUCCACUGGUCAGAACAAUGGUAAUCAGGUCUCUCCGGAUGCUGGAGACUACUUCUAUGUGGACAAAUACACUGGGGAGAUCAGUUUGAGGAAAUCACUGGCCACAGAUCCUUACAAUAGGACAGUGUUUUUUUUCUAUGUUGUUGCUCGUGAUCGUGGGCAACCCCAGCGUAAAACCAGCACCCCUGUCCCAGUACGAGUCGAAGUGAAACGUAACUCGCAUGCACCAAUCUUCUUCCCUGGCCAAUAUGCAAAGACGGUGAACCAAAAUGCAGUCAUAGGGACUACUGUGGUUCUUGUCAAUGCAACUGAUAGAGAUCCUGAUAAUGCUCACAAUGUUAUCAGGUAUGAAAUCAUAGGAGAUGGCACUGCAGCUCAGUAUUUCUCUAUCAACCCAGUAACAGGUAUGAUACGGAUAAAGAAUAACCUUGGCAGGGAUCCCACAGAUGUGUACAACGUUCGUGUGAUUGCACGGGAUAAUGGCAAUCCUCCACGCACAGCCACUGCCAUUGUUAAAGUGACUGUUAACAGAAAUUUCAAGGCCCCAGUGUUCAACCAGUCUUCCUGGGAUUUCAGAAUCUUAGAGACACAAACUCUGGGGGUUGGCAUUGGACAGGUGCAUGCUAUUGAUGAGGACCCACAGCCACCACAUAAUACAGUCAGAUACUUCUUAGUUGGGAAUGACAAGGCAAAGGAAUAUUUUGGUGUACGUCCAGACUCUGGUCAGAUUUACGUCAAGCAGGCUUUGGUUUUGGACCCAAGUAAAACUGACAUUUACAAUUUAUUUAUUGGUGCACAAGACUUAGGUUCUCCACAGCGUAAUAGCUCAAUCACGGUCCCUGUGUCUGUCACUGUGCUGCGUAACAAAUACCCACCAAGAUUCACUGGCCCAACAAGGAACAUAAGCAUACCUUACAAUUACAGCACCAAUGUCAGAAUUAUUACUGUUACUGCCACAGAUGGAGAUGAUCCGGAUGGUUUUGGACAUUUAACGUACAACAUCAUUGGGGAUGGGCCUGCAACUCGUUACUUCCAUGUUGGUGAAAAUACAGGAAUUAUAACUUUGAGAGAGACCAUUCAUAAUGACACCAACUCUGUUUACACUAUUCGUGUAGAAGCUGUGGAUAAUGGCUACCCUCCCAGGCGUGACACAAGGAUUGUGACAGUGCUAGUAAACAGGAACUUGAACCAACCAAGGUUUGCUAUUACCCAGUACACGGCAGACAUCUUGGAAACACAAGGACUCAUGACUGAAUUCCCAACAUCUCCUGGUGACAUAGUGUGUUAUGAUGUGGAUACCAAUACACAGCUGGAGUAUAAGCUGGUUGGGGAGGUGACCCCAGGAGGACUAAGCUACUUUGGGAUCAAUAAAGCAACUGGGAAAUUAUAUGCAAAGACAGAUCUCAGACUUGGGGACAGGGAGACAUACAGUUUUUCUGUGAGGUGUUCUGACAAUGGUAACCCACCAAAGGAGAGCUCAAAUCUUGCUGUGGUAACUGUGAGAGUCCAUCGUAACCUGCACGCCCCGAGAUUUACCCAGGGUGUUAAUUAUGCCACCAAUCUGACUCAAGACACAGCCCCAGGGACAUUUGUGUUUGAUGUGGAUACCACAGAUGAUGAUGACAAGGCACCAUUUAAUGUUGUGCGAUAUGAGAUUGUUGGUGACUUUCCAUCUCCUCAGUACUUUGCUAUUGAUGAAACUACUGGACGUAUCACUGUUAAGGAAAGUCUUACUGGAGUGGGAGCUGGUGACUUUAAAAUUGCAGUUAGAGCCUAUGACGGUGGUGCCCCUGAAAAAAGUACUAUCCAAGUUGUUACUGUGUCAGUCAGUCGCAAUCUGCACUCCCCUGUUAUUGACGAACCACGAUCUCUCUCAGAUAGCGUGCAGAUCUUGGAGACCCUUGGGAUAUACAUUACCUUUUACAAGGUCAAUGGUUCAGAUAAAGAUACCACUUCUCCAGCCAACAAAGUGAACUAUGAAAUAGUGGACAGUUUGGUGGAGAGGACCUUCUUUGAAGUGAACCCUGACACUGGCGAGGUGUACCUCAGAAGGAAUAUCCUUGGACAAACAACACCUGCAUACACACUAAGAAUAAGAGCAAAAGAUGGUGGCCUAGUACCCCGUUACUCUCAGACCAUGACGUUAACUGUGAGAGUUCUACGUAAUCUGCACACACCAUAUUUCACCAGUGAGCAGUAUCACAAAGCCACUAUUCCACAGAGUAUGCCAGAGAACAGCCCAAUACUGGCAGUCACAGCUGACGAUGAUGAUCAACCACCCUUCAACCGUGUGUUCUUUGAGCUUCUUGGUUAUGAUCCAGCCCCAAACUUUUUCAAAGUCAACAAGUUUACUGGCCAGAUCACAACAUCACAGGAUCUGAGUCGCGACAGCACGGCUGUGUACACUCUGCUGGUUCGUGCAUAUGACACAGGCGUGCCAGCAAAGACAAACACCACAGAAGUCGUGAUCACAGUGGAUCGUAACCAGAGAGCACCUGUGUUUGACCCCACCUUCUAUGAAGAGACAGUACCCGAAAUCAUCAACCCAAGUCAGACUAUUGUGACAGUGUCUGCUACAGAUGAUGACACACGGUCACCAUAUAACGAUGUACGGUACAAGCUGGCUGGUAGGUAUGAGGACAGGGAAUACUUUUAUGUGGAACCAGAAUCAGGGCGUAUCACUGUGCGGAAGUCACUAGCACUAGAACCAAGCAGGGCAAGGAUGUACUCUCUGAAAGUUAUUGCGUACGACUUGGGAACCCCCAGCAGAGAGUCCCAGGUCCCUGCAACUGUUAAUAUUACUGUGGCUCGCAAUGACCAUGCCCCAUUCUUCAUAAAUCUGCCUGCGAACAUCAGCGUCAGGGAAGAUGAGGUGCGGUACACGGAUCUGUUCAAAGUGGAAGCCAGGGAUGAUGACACAACGCCACCAUUUGGCCAGUUUACCAUGGAAGGUGUUGGAAUGGGCUCAGCAACUUCAUUCUUUGAAAUUUUGAGCAACGGGCAACUGCGCAACCGUGCUGACCUUCGAACUAGCCCUCAGAGAGAAUACACAUUCAAUGUCCAGGCCAAGGAUAGGGGGCAACCACCCAAGACAGCCUCAGGCGUCAUCUAUAUCACAGUGCUGAGAAACCUUAAAAUGCCUAUAAUGUCAAGUACCAGUAAUACUACUACUAUUCUUGAGACUCAAACUCCAGGUGUUCCUAUAUUUAGAGUCUUGGCAACAGAUGAAGACAACAAUCCUCCAAAUAACCAACUGACGUAUAAUAUUUCGAGGGUGCUUGAGGGACCAGUGCAGACAUAUUUUGGCAUUCAACCUAAUGGUGAUAUUUAUGUGAAGCAACCACUGACAUCUGAACCAACUAAUUUGCCUCAGUACAGGUUCCAUGUGCUGGCCACUGAUGGAGGCAGUCCUCCAAAGGAAGCUCCUGUGCCAACGACAAUGAUCAUCAACGUUAUUCACAACCUGUACCCUCCAGAGUUCCUCAACAAUACUGUGGAAGUCAACAUCCAACAGACAGCUAGAGUGGGAACGAUAAUUGCCAGAGUUUUUGCCCGAGACAGGGACAGUUAUCGACCAUUUAAUACUGUAGAGUAUGACAUUAAUGGUGAUGAUACUGCACCUCUGUUCUUCUCUGUGAACCAGCAGGGUCUGGUCACUCUGUCAUCCACAUUGGAUACUGCCACUGCUGAUAAGAAAACAUACUAUAUACGCGUGCGUGCAAGAGACGGCGGACAACCACGUAAAGAAGACACCAUGCAAAUCAUCGUGCAUGUGAGUCGCAAUCUAAAUGCCCCAAUCUUCACAAGGCGCAGUUAUCCUGGAAAGAUUAAGGAGACUAUGGGCGUGGGACAGUUUAUUUUAACGGUUUCAGCCUCUGACCAAGACUCGGGUCCCCCUGAGAAUACCAUCACCUAUUCCACCAACAGCGAUACUUUUGCUGUGAAUGCUGAUACUGGAAUUGUCACAUUAAAGAAAUCUGUGUUGGGAUCUACACAAACCUCCUACACAUUUAAUGUUAUUGCUACGGACCAAGGCGACCCACCCAGGAGCUCCAGUCCAUCUCAAGUAUCAAUUACCGUUGUACGAAAUGCAGCGCCACGGUUCAUAGGCGAGCCGUAUUCUACCAAUAUAAGCCAGUACACAGAAACCAAUGUGGCCAUUUUCACAAUGAAUGCAAGGGAUCCUAACAAUGACCCCAUAGCAAGAGAGUUCUAUCAGCUUACAUAUACAAUAAUCGGAGAUGAUGGCGCUCCUGCCUACUUUGACAUUGGUACCAAUGGUGUUGUCACUGUAAAGGGAGAUUUGACGGAGGAUGAUGCUGUGACCUAUCAGCUGCGUGCCAGAGUCUGUGACGGAGGAACUCCAAAUUUGUGUGAUACAUCUGUCCUGAAAAUUAACGUCAUACGAAAUGAGAAUGCUCCCAUUUUCCCAGCCAGCUAUCAGCGCUUUUCUGUCAACAUUUCCGAGAUCCAUGAUGUUGGAAGAGUGGUUACCCAAGUCCUAGCUGAGGAUGAGGAUGGAAGGCCUCCUCAAAAUGAAGUGGUGUACACGCUUGCUGGAGAUUCCUUGGCAAGGCAGUACUUUGCUAUACGCCCAAGCUUACAAUCCAACUUUGGAGAGGUGUUUUUGAGGAAUUAUUUGACUCAGGACCUGGAUCGUAACACUAUAUAUACUCUGACUAUAACAGCCCAGGACAAAGGUACCCCACCACGUGAUGCGUCGAAUUAUGCCUUGGUUACUGUCUAUGUCAGUCGCAACAAUUUUGCCCCAAGGUUCAUUCAGCAGCCGUAUGUGGCCAAUGUCAACAUCACUGAUGGGGCAGGAAGUUAUGUGUACAGAGUUUCAGUAGAAGAUAGAGAUGAUAGUGCUCCGUUCAACCAAUGGACCCUGCACAUUAUUGGUGAUGAGGAAGCAUCAGCAUUCUUCAACAUUUCUCAAGAUGGAGUUAUCCGCCUGAGACAAAACCUUCCAUCAUCUGUCAGGGACUUCUAUAUGGUCCGUGUUGAAGCACGAGAUGGUGGACGACCCUCAAGGUUUGCUACAGCUACUGUCAAAGUGAACAUUAAUAGUAACUUUGUCACGCCUUCCUUCAACCACUCACGGGACAUCUACGCCAACGUCAGAAAUAACCAGCCUCUGUACCAGCCAUUCCUUCAGCUGUUUGCCACUGAUAAUGACAUCAGGCUCCAGGACCGCACUCUUGUCUAUAGCAUUGAAGGAGAGGGACAGGCGGAGGAAUACUUUGGUAUAGAUCAACAAAACGGAAAGAUCUAUCUACUGAAAACUUUAUUGGGCACAACAAUCAAUAACUUUAAGCUGAUUGUGAAGGCUACUGACCAGGGAACACUUCCACGAUCUGUGACCACCAAUGUGUACAUCAAUGUGCUCAGGGACUCGGGACUGCUGGGAUUCAAUGAAACUAUUCGCUCAGUUACCAUACCAGAGACAUUGCCAGUGGACGAAAAUGUGAUCAGACUUCAGGCGUCACCUGGUCCUCGCAUAACGUAUCAUCUGACAGGAUAUGAUUCAGGGCCCAAGUUUUUCAAAGUUGAUUCUGUGACAGGACAGAUCAAAGUGAGAUCAAGCCUGGAGAGAGAUUUGGCAAAACAGGAGCAAUAUACUCUUAUUGUGGAGGCAAGGAAGUCAUUUGAGGUUAACAUUCAGACAGCAACCACCACAGUUCUGGUCAACGUGAUCAGGAACGAGAAUCCUCCAUUGUUCAACCCAAGAUACUACCAAAAGAAUGUCACCGAUACAUUUGCACUUGGAGGACUUGUGGUACAAGUGAUUGCUUCUGACAGAGAUGGAGAUAAAAUCACUUAUGAGAUUCCCAAUACUGUCAGUAACAGACUUGGAAGCAAUUACUUCUACGUUCAUCCAGAUGAUGGAAUUAUUUAUUUGAAGCAACAAUUUCCACGACAAGGAACAAUGAACAUUACAUUCAGUGUGUUGGCUUAUGACAAGGGUGGCAAGAAUGACACAGCUAUUGUUAGGGUCUACGUCAUCCCUGACCCCACGUCCCCAGUUUUCCUGAAUACCCCAUACACCCUGAAUAUCUCAGAGACGGUGUUACCAGGGGUGGUUAUAUAUCGCAGAGUCAGGGCUGCCCUCACAUCAGGCACCUUGCGGUAUGAACUGGCUCCCUCUGGUAUUGCACCAGUGUUCUUUAACAUCAAUAGAACCACUGGUGAUAUCAAUAUAAGAUAUGACCUCAGGGCUGAUAGACAACUCAUCUAUAGACUGAAAAUCCGUGCCUUUGAUGUGAACAGUCCGGACCGCGAGAGUUAUGAAGAUAUGAUCAUCUAUGUACAGAGGAAUGUCAACCCUCCUGUUGUGUAUGUGCCAGACAGAGCUUACAUAAGUCUCACAGUCAAUGAAAGUUUGCCUGUGGGGUCCCAAGUCUUCCAGAUCUUUGCUAAUGAUUCAGAUGGGGACAAUCUGAUCUAUGAGUAUUUUGCCAAUACUCUGAGUAGCGCCAGGCAAUGGUGGUACCUCAACCCAUCCACUGGCAUGAUCACCCUUGCUAGGCCUCUUUCUGAUUCUAAUGUUCGCCAAUACCGACUUUACAUCAUAGUGAAGGAUGAUGUUAUUCCACAUGAAGUCCAGAGAAUGAGCAGUAUCAUCAACGUUGACAUCAGGGUGUUGAAGAAUGUGUUCCCACCAACAUUUGGAAACGACACCUUCUCUGUGACCAUCAAUGAAUCCUGGCCUAUUGGAUCCACUGUGAUGAUUAUGCAGGCUAUUGACUCUGACACUGAGGAGAUAUACCGCACAGUGACAUAUAAUAUUGUUGAUGAUGGCAGACGUCCCAAAUUGUUUGAUAUCAACCAGUACACAGGGGUCAUCAGGGUCAGCAACAACCUGACUCUGGAUGAUAAUGAAUACUACACUUUAAGUAUAUUAGCCUCAGAUGCAGGCACCCCGGCCAAGACCACCAAUGCUGUGGUAAAUGUGCGAGUUCUACGCAACUUAUACAGACCAGAAUUCAAUCCAACUCAAUAUACUGAGACCAUAAGAGAGUAUAUAACUUUGGGUGAACCGUUCCUUUAUCUCAACACAACAGAUCUGGAUUAUAGGAUACCAUACAACCGAGUGUAUUGCAGGUUUGCACCAGGCACAAGUGCUAAAGUGCGUGAAUUUUUCAACAUAAAUGAGAGGGACUGCUCUAUAUAUGUGCACAAGGACCUACGAGCUGAUUCUGCAAGGACCAGGAAUAUCAACUUUUUCAUACAAGCCUACGAUGGGGGCAACCCAGCACUCUACUCUCUGAUCAAUGCCCGUGUGAAUGUUUUGAUAGAGAGGAACAACCACUGCCCACAGUUCAAUCCCAAUGGUUACACCACUGGAGCAAACCAGACUGCUUCCAAUGGCAGUGCUGUGUAUGUGCUGCAGGCUCUUGACAGAGAUACUCGGUCUCCUUUCAAUACUCUCAGCUAUGAGAUAAUUGGGGAUGGGAGAGCACCAGCAUUCUUCCACAUCAACCCUCUGUCUGGUAGAAUCUUCCUCAAAGAGAGUUUGCUGCCUGACACAGCCGAGACAUACUCAGUCCGUGUGGUGGCUAAAGACGGAGCAGUUCCACCUUGCUCAGCCACCACAGUAGUCAGUGUUAGGGUCAGUAGGAAUGACCACGCCCCAGUCUUUGUGGGUUCCCGUUCACUAAACAUUACCAUACUGGAGACACACAACAGGCAGACACCUAUCAAUGGAGUGCCUAUUACAGCCAAUGAUAUAGACUCUCAGACACCAUGGAAUGAAGUAUACUAUGAACUGAGAUAUCCUGAUGCUAAUCUGAACUACUUCAGUAUGCCAAGCCAGCUAGGAUACAUUUAUGUUUAUAGGGACCUGAUGACAACAGACAUAGAGCAGUUCAGGUUCCAAGUGUAUGCCAAAGAUGGAGGUAAUCCUGCCAAAUACAGUGAGUUCCCAGUGCAGGUGACAGUGAAUGUGAUCAGAAACAAACACACCCCAUACUUUCUACAACAGCCAUAUGUGGCCAAUGUCACAGAGAAUGUCACUGUCAACACCAGAGUUAUCAGAAUCGUGGCCAUAGACAGGGACUCUAGUGCAUACCCAUUUGGCCAGCUGAGGUAUACAAUAAGCGGAGAUGAGGUUGCAGCCAGUUACUUCUCCAUUGAUAAUAAUGGAUGGAUAACUGUUAAAAACAACCUGAGACUGGAUAGCACCAAAGCUUACCAAUUCCAAGUGUAUGUGUGUGAUGGUGGUAUUCCUCCCAAGUGUAAUAACACCCUAGUCAGGAUUAAUGUGGGUCGAAACUUCAACCCGCCUGAGUUAAGACCGUGUGACAGUAGUGGCUUCACCUUCUCUGUGAAAGAGAUAGUCACUGUUGGGGCACCUGUUGGAAGAAUUUGCUAUUAUGAUGCUGACAGCCAGCCCCCUAACAAUGAAGUCAAGUUCCAAGUAAUUGGAGGUAACAGCCAGUAUUGUUUCCUGGUUAGAGAGGACAGUGGUGUCAUCUUUUUAAAUACUUCACUACUCCAGGAGGCCUGCAACAGAGAUGUGUACAUUCUUAGGGUGCGUGCUGUUGACUUGGGCGUGCCAGCCAGAACCAGUCAGACUAUCAACGUGACCCUGAAUGUCCAAAGGAACUACCACCCCCCUUACUUCCUCAACCUUCCACACAACAUCACCAAUUUAGCUGUGGAUACCAGGGUGAACACCCUGAUCUACACUGUGCAAUCUAGGGAUAAUGACACACAUACUCCAUUCAAUGACAUAUCAUAUUUCCUAAUUGGAGAUGACUCUGCCCUUUCUUACUUUAAUCUGGACCAAUCAUCUGGUAUUAUUUCUCUCAGGAGAGAUCUGACCAGUGACUCAAACCAGUUCUACAGGUUGCGUGUGAUAGCAGUAGAUGGUGGAUUGCCACCCAAACAGUUCACUGCCACUGGAACUAUUGACAUCUCCCUGAAGAUGAACAUCCAUGCACCCAUCAUACAACCCACCACCUACACUGCCAACAUUACUGAGGACCAUGAUGUGGAUGAAAGCAUUGGGAUUGUCGUCACUGCUACAGAUCAGGAUAUCAGGAGGCCACAAAAUGAGGUGCAGUUUGAAAUUUUGGGAGGCCAUGAGUACUUUGGAAUCAAUGCAUCCACAGGCGUGAUUUAUGUGAAGAAAUGGCUGCGCAAGGACUCUACAGAAACAGGAGUAUACACAUUCCUGGUCACCGCUUAUGACAAGGGCUACCCACGUAAACAAAGUCAGAUUCCUGCCAGAGUGAUAGUAUACGUGAUACGUGAAAGGCAGUGUCCUCAGUUUAACAUCACAGACUACUCUGGCAGUGUGGACGUCACGGCACAGCCAGGAACCUUUGUACUCCAAGUGCAAGCUGAAGAUGUUGGUGGGACUGGUGGCAUUGACUACACAAUUAUUGGAGAUGAUGCUGCACCUAAUGUCUUCCAAAUUGACCAGACUACAGGAAGGGUUUCAACCAAAGAAGGCCUUGCUUCUGACAACAGUGUGAAAUAUCAGCUCCGUAUCCAAGCCAGCAAUCGUGCUGUUGUUCCGUGCACCACAAACAUUGUCAUCAACAUUGGUGUUCUACGUAACUUCCAUAGACCAGUUUUCCAGGAGCUAACAUACCAGACCACCAUCUUGGAGACCCAUCCUGUCAAUUCCCCUAUCCCUGGUAUCAGGCUCAAUGCUACAGAUAAGGAUGAAGUUAGACCAGACAGUGUUGUUGUCUAUUCCUUGGUGGACUCUCCAGAUGCCAGAUUUUUCGAGCUGGAUGAAGAACUAGGUGUUCUCUCUCUUAAACAGUCCAUUUGGGGCUUUACCAAGACCAGAUAUGUGUUCACUGCUACUGCGAAAGACAAAGGGAACCCACCCCAGACCAGCCGUUUUACAGCCCAGAUCACAGUGAAUGUUCUGAGGAACAGCCACCCACCUGUGAUAAACACAAACAGGGACUAUGUGAUCACUAUACCUGACACCACACCUGUGAAUACCCAGGUCAUCAGGGUGGAAGCAACCGACAAUGACACUAGGCCUGAGUUUUCUACCAUUGGCUGGGAAGUUGUUGGCAGUGCCAAUUCUGCUUUAUAUUUCACUAUAGAUCAGAAUGGUUGGGUGAGAGUGAAGAAAAAUCUACAGGAGACUCCACAAAUUAACUUCCUAGUGCUAGUGAGGGCAUAUGACAGUGGUCUCCCAGCCAAGGAGGCAAUGGCUGAUGUCCGUAUUAUAGUUGACCAUAACCAUGACCGUCCCAUCUGGAGACAGUCCUCUUUCAGCCACAGGAUACUGGAGACACAGGAAACACAUGAAACCUUACUCACUGUUCUGGCUGAGGAUGCCAGUGCUCUGUCACCAUUCAAUGAAGUAGAAUACAAAGUGAUAGGCAGAGACCAGCAGGCCAUAGACUACUUCGGUAUGGAAGGAAGAAGCCUGUACCUGAGGAAAUCUCUGAAUGGGAUCAAUCCAAGAAUAGACAAUUUUGUGAUUGAGAUCCUUGCCUAUGACAAGGGAACUCCCAGCAAGAACGCUUCCACUGUGGCCACAGUGAAUAUGGGGGUAGAUUAUAAUUUGUACCCACCAGAGUUCCUGGGAGAACCUUACUCUGUCAAUGUGUCCACUGACUCUUCCGGAGCCGUGUUCCAAAUCAGGACCAGAGAUAAUGACACUGUGAUCCCAUUCAAUCGAACAACAUACGAGAUGACAGGCAUUUAUAACACUCCUGACUACUUUGUAAUCAAUCCUCUGACAGGAAUGAUCAGCCUUAAACCUGGUGUAGUGUUGUCUAGAAUUGAUGAGAAGAAAUUUGUAGCUGUCAUUGUUGUUCGAGAUGGAGGCAAACACCAGAGCCAGAAGACUGCUGAAACUACUGUAGAGAUCAAUGUGGUUUGUGGGGGUCAGGGUCCUUACUUCCCCUCCAGUAUUGCCCGUCUCAUCACACUGUCAGAGGACAGGGGCAAUGGACUGGUCCACACGGUCACUGCUCAACACUUCACUCAGUCCACUGACAACACUCUUGUGUAUAGGAAGUCUGGUUCUGGGUCAGCAACGCAGUAUUUCAUUGUCAAUUCCGGCAACGGUGAGAUCACCCUGAUCAGAUCUUUGAAGCUUUCCACUGAUCCUUUCAUGCAGCUGACCAUAGAAGCUGAAGACCAGUGUGGCAGAAUUGCCACCAUCCAGUUGCAUAUCCAGAUUGAUCGCGGGACCACAGGAGACGGAAUCAGCUUCAUUGGGGCUCCGUACAUUAUCAAUAUCACUGAGGCACAGGCCAUUAAUGAGACACUGUUUACAGCCAAUGCUGGGGUCGGAGUCACAUACUCAAUCCAAUCAUAUGGAAACAUCUUGUCAUACUUCAACAUUGAUCAACUGACAGGUCAAGUCAGACUAACCCAGAGCAUUAGAAAUGACAUAUAUAAAUUACCAUUUUAUGUGCUGAACAUACAAGGUCGCCGUGGCAGUGCGACAGGAGUUGCCACGGCAAUUGUGAAUGUUCUUCGUAAUGCAUACUGUCCAGAGUUCUCGCGUCGAAAUGAAUACGCUUUCCAGGUCCCUGAAAACUACCCAUUGGCAGUUGGGUUUGGACAGGUGUCUGCCAUAGAUAAAGAUGGGGACAUUGUGAGCUAUUCCAUUCUUGGAAAUGCAGCAAAUGAAUUUUUCUUCAUCGAUAAUGGUACUUUGCUACUUAGGAAAAGCCUUGAGGAUGCCAACAUAAGGACAUUUGCUCUCACAGUGAGAGCCAGUGACAACCAGGUGCCUCCCUGUACAAGACAGACCAGUGUCACAGUCCAAGUGACCACUAACAACACUUUACCUGUCUUCCUUAACCUGCCAGACAUUGUUAACAUCACCAGCAAUAUUUCUCCGGGUCGCCACUUAUUUACUGUGUUAGCAAGGGACUCUAACCAACAAGGCACCUUGCAGUACUCCAUUGUUGGACCCCCAGGGGAUGCCAGCUACUUCAACAUGGAACCCAAUGGAAGGUUGACUCUCAGGUCCUCCUUGAGUGGCCAGAGUGGAAGAAUAUUCACAAUCAGAGUAGUAGUGUUUGAUAGUGCCUUCCCAGACCAGAGGACACAGGGCACUCUAACCAUUAACGUGAUAUGCAGCCCCCGUGGCCCCAACUUGUUAAUCCAGAGAUACUAUCUGACCAUUACUGACCAGUUUUCAGCUGGACAGGAAGUAGGAGUGCCCCUUGUGGCUUCUCAUCCUACAAAUGAUUCUUUGACAUUCAAAAUCAUUGGUGAUAACCAGGUCAAUCAGUGGUACUACAUUGAAUCCAGAACUGGACAGAUAUACACCCGUCGUCCAAUGAAAGAUGCACCUCAAUCCAGUGAUGAGUUCGCUGUGGAGGUCAGUGACCAGUGCCAACCACCCAAGACUGCCAUAGCACACGUGAAUGUUACCAUUUUGAGAUCUGGAGCUCAGCCCGCAUUUGAGAACCUUCCAUUUACGCUCCCCCUCCCUGUUAACACUACUAUCAACAGAGCCAUUUAUCAAGUCAAAGCCACUGAUGAGAAUCUUGUAAACACCAUCAACUACCGCGUCAUGGGUCAGUACCCAGCCACUCAGUACUUUGAAAUGAGAGACCCCACAUCUGGUCUUAUCUAUAUCAAGCGCUCCAUGACAGAAGACGAGACAAGGACAUCGGCUUACUUUAUAUGUGUGGCUGCCUAUGACAGCGCCUUCCCGAACGACCAGGCCAUCCGCUGCCUUACAGUGACACCUCUACGGAACUUUGCCAGGCCAGAAGUUCCUGACUAUGUUAGAAAUAUAUCCAACACUUUCCCUGUAGGUUCAGUU